UAACUUAAUCGCGUCAAGUACGUGUAGCAUGGCACUAUAAAUACAACCCUCUCACAACCUCUUCACUCACACAAUAUCAAUUCCCUCUAAUUCAAUCAAACAAAUCUUUCAUUUCCAUAAUCACUUUUUUUUGUUCUUCAUUCCAACUUUUCUUCAAUCAUGUCUAACGAAGCAGUUUACCACGACGCCCCGAAAACCGAAGAGCCCUGCGAAACCACCACCACCACUGUGAAGGUUGAGCCUGAGGUCGUAGAACAAUCCGAUCGUGGGUUGUUUGGUUUCGGGAAGAAGGACGAGGAGGAGAAGAAGUGCGAAGAUGGGGUGAUCUCAUCCGAGUUUGAACAGAAAGUUCAAGUGACUGAACCCGAACCUGAGGAGAAGAAAGGAAGUUUGCUGGAGAAAUUUCACCGAUCUAAUAGCAGUUCCAGCAGUUCUAGUGAUGAGGAGUGCGAAGAUGGAGAGAAGAAGAAGAAAAAGAAGUCGUUGAAGGAUAAGGUUAAGGAAAAGAUCGAAGGGCACAAAGAAAAGAAGGAAGAGGAAAAAGUCGAAAAGUAUGAGGCCGACACAAGUGUCCCAAUUGAGAAAUGUGAAGAAGUAGCGGUCCCAACCCCGACUCCUGCCCCAGAGGAGAAAAAGGGGUUUAUGGAAAAAAUUAAGGAAAAACUGCCUGGCGGACAUAAAAAGGAGGCGGAGGAGCAUGUUACUGCCUCUCCACCACCGCCGCCAGCUGCGACGACAUAUGAUGAAGAAGGUGAACAUAAGGAGAAGAAGGGUAUAUUUGAGAAGAUUAAAGAGAAAAUCCCAGGGUAUCAUUCCAAGAGUGAAGAAGAGAAAGAAAAAGAGAAAGUAAAGGAGUGUGAUUGAUAUGAUUUAAAGGCAAAAGUAAAAUGGUUUAUGAGGUGGCUUGGUUUGAUUACCCUUACAAAUAUAUGGGUGGGGUAUGUGAUGUGAUUUGCUUUUAUGUCUUUUUGAAUAAGUGUUCUUUCAUGUUAUUUGUUUGAACUUUGAAAGUUCUUUGUGUGGUGUUGUUUUGAUUUGAGUUGUAAGUCUAUACCUUUUUAUUUGUAUAGAAUGUAUUUUGUUUAUAAUUCCUUAAAUAUUUUAUCAAACUUAAUUAUA